CCUAACUUUCGUCUCGGUAGGGGACUUACACGUCGUAUCAGCCGCCUAUGGUCUGUGAUACAAUACCCAGCUACUUACCUCCAGUGCUUACUACCUAAGAGUCACUGCGCAACACGCUUAAAGAUCCGCCCCCCGAUAGUCCGCGUCCGCCAAAACACCCCCCAUGAACAUUUGAACCCAUUUGAACCGAAACGUUGACCUUGUCAACCUCAGGUCUUUGACCUUCUUUCUCUAAUUGAUUUGAUGAUCAACCCGACUCAAUCCCGUCCUAGGUAGAAAAUCGACAUCAUUGCAUCUUCUUCCUCAGCCACCUUCUUCGCGUCCUUCCUUUUUCCUUUUUUUCUUCUUUCCUCAUUCCAUUUCCCGUCCGCCCACAUCUAUCUCCAGAAGUAUCGCGACACCGACGCCGAUAAGAGACACUCGUCUUGAUACCAACCAACCAACCUAUCGUCUCCUCUUUUUUUAGAAUCCCUUGGUCGUGUUUACCAAUCUUACCCUUUUGCGACCUUCACCGACUCCCUAACAACAGACAUCAUCUUUAGCCAUUUGUUAUAGGGGGAUCGUUAGAAAAUGUCGUGGAAGCUCACCAAGAAGUUAAAGGACACCCAUUUGGGUCCCCUUACCAACACCUUUUCACGAAACCCUUCUACGUCGACUAUUACAGAAAAGGAUGAGAAGUCUCCCAUUCCUACCUCUGCCACCCCUACUCCCAGCGAUAACGCAAUCGCUGCUUCGGAACAUAUGGUUCAAGAACCCGUCGUGAAGCCCCCGAAACCCGGUAUCCUAGUGGUUACCCUCCACGAGGGUCAGAAUUUCGCACUUCCCGAACAACAUCGGAAUGCCUUCUCCCAGCAUGGACAGGGCUCUAUGUCGACAGGGAACGCCCUGAAUUCUGGCUCUUUGCGGCCAGGAUCUUCUCAACGAACGGUGGCCGGUUCCUUUAUGAAUGGGAGGCCUCAAACCUCCGCAGGUGGUUUUACCGGAAUACCCUCCAACCACGGCCGUAUAUCCAGCAAAUAUUUACCAUACGCCCUUCUGGACUUCGAUAAGGUGCAGGUUUUUGUGAACUCGGUCUCAGGCAAUCCGGAGAACCCUCUAUGGGCCGGUGACAACACCCAGUACAAGUUCGACGUGUCUCGAGUGACGGAGUUGAACGUGCACUUGUAUAUGCGCAAUCCCAUGGCGCCCCCAGGUUCGGGCCGAAGCCAAGAUAUCUUUCUAGGAGUUGUUCGAAUUAACCCUAGGUUCGAGGAGAAGCAUACUUUCGUUGAGGAUCCUAAGGCUAGCAAGAAAGAUCGCGAGAAGGCUGCUGCAGAGUUCCAAAACCGGGAGCGAGAGUUAGGCCACAGCGGUGUUGAUUGGGUCGACGUGCAAUAUGGCGCCGGUAAGCUCAAGAUUGGUGUGGAGUAUGUCGAGAACCGCGCGGGCAAGCUUAAGAUCGAAGACUUCGAACUGCUCAAGGUAGUCGGCAAAGGUAGUUUCGGCAAGGUUAUGCAGGUUCGCAAGAAAGAUACUAGCCGGAUCUACGCCCUCAAGACGAUUCGCAAGGCACACAUCAUCUCCAGAUCCGAGGUCGCCCACACGUUGGCCGAGAGAUCUGUGCUAGCACAGAUUAACAACCCCUUUAUCGUGCCUCUGAAAUUUACCUUCCAGUCUCCGGAGAAGCUCUACUUUGUGUUGGCUUUUGUCAAUGGCGGCGAGUUAUUCCACCACCUUCAAAAAGAGCAGCGAUUCGACGUCAACCGAGCGCGAUUCUACACCGCCGAACUCCUCUGCGCUCUGGAAUGUUUGCACGGUUUCAACGUUAUCUACCGAGAUCUGAAGCCCGAGAACAUCCUUCUUGAUUACCAAGGCCAUAUCGCGCUCUGCGAUUUCGGUCUUUGCAAAUUGGACAUGAAGGACGAAGACCGAACAAAUACUUUCUGCGGCACUCCCGAAUAUUUGGCUCCGGAACUUCUUAUGGGCAAGGGCUAUAACAAGACGGUGGAUUGGUGGACCCUAGGAGUUCUCCUCUACGAGAUGCUUACGGGUCUCCCGCCUUUCUACGACGAGAAUACCAACGAGAUGUAUCGCAAGAUUCUGUCCGAGCCUUUACAUUUCCCUAGCGCGGACGUCGUGCCUCCCGCAGCCAAGGACCUUCUUUCGAAACUGCUGAACCGCAACCCCGAGGAGCGAUUGGGAGCUGCAGGCAGCGCCGAGAUCAAGGCUCAUCCGUUCUUCCACGCCAUAGAUUGGCGGAAGUUGUUGCAACGAAAGUAUGAGCCUACUUUCAAGCCCAGCGUGGCCGAUGCUCUCGAUACCAAGAAUUUCGACCCAGAAUUUACGUCGGAAGCCCCGCAAGACUCGUAUGUUGAGGGCCCGGUAUUGUCAGAGACGAUGCAGAACCAAUUUGCGGGAUUCAGUUACAACAGGCCAAUUGCCGGAUUAGGUGAUGCCGGUGGCAGCGUUAAGGACCCUUCAUUCGUAGGCAGCAUCCAAGAUCGGCGAUAAACUAAGGAACAUUGGAGUGGGGAGGCACAUGCAAAGAGGUUUACGAUUACAAGAUUGGAAGACUCAAGAUAGGGGGAGGUGAAGUGAGGCUGGGUAGAAUAGGGGGCAUAUCGCAUGGUGUGGCUGGGGAGUGCGCACGGCCUACUAGGCUACCAAGUACAACUACGGUGUGUCCUGUUGUGUUGCUUUGCUUUGCGGUUGCGGCUCGUUUGCCGGACUUUGGACCACAACAGGAAGCACUUCCAUAUGGAGUUUGGCAUGAAUUGUGGACGAUGCCUCCGAGUUUGCACUUUCUGGGAUCUCAAAAGGAGAGACAACCAUGCUGUAGAUAAAGACGGAGGCUAGCAAAAGAGAAAGAUGCCUUUGCUGAACCGGA